UUUUAAGAGAGAGAAAGACACUCAGAGAGAGAGAGAGAAAGAGAGAGAUUAGAGAGAGAGAGAGAGAGAGAGAUUUUAACUUUUAUUGAAGUUGUUAUUUGGCUAUUUGUUUUGUGAGAGUGAUAUAGAGAGAGAAAGAGAAAGAGGUGAAGUCUCAACUCAAGUGUGUGAAGUUAGUGAGAGAGAGAGAGAGAGAAAUGAAAAUGGGAUCUCAAACUCAACACCAUAACCACUCUCUUUGAUUCUCUUAUUCUUCAAAUCUUCAAUCUUCAAGUGUUACUUUGAGUACUUCAUCGACGAGAACUAGUACGAUUUGUUAUUCGGUUGCUUCUUUUGGGCUGAUUUGAAAAGACGUGAUGGGUUCGAGAUUCCCAUCUCAUCAGCUCAGCAAUGGUCUGUAUGUAUCAGGCCGUCCUGCUGAGCAGCCGAAAGAAAGGGCUCCUACAAUGAGCUCGGUUGCUAUGCCUUAUACCGGCGGUGACAUCAAGAAGUCAGGAGAGUUAGGGAAAAUGUUUGAUAUCCCUAUGGAUGGCUCUAAAUCUAGAAAAUCCGGUCCUUUAAAUAAUGCUCCUUCGAGAACUGGAUCGUUUGCGGGCGCUGCUUCACACUCUGGACCUAUUAUGCAAAAUGCAGCGGCUCGUUCUGCUUAUAUCACAUCGGGUAAUCUAUCUGCUGCUGGCAUGGUUGCUUCAGCCUCAAUGAAAAAGACCAACUCCGGUCCGUUGAAUAAACACGGCGAACCGGUCAAGAAGUCAUCCGGUCCUCAAUCGGGUGGAGGUACACGCCAAAAUUCGGGUCCAAUACCUCCUGUUCUUCCAACAACUGGUUUGAUUACAUCCGGCCCGCUAAAUUCAUCUGGGGCUCCAAGGAAGGUGUCGGGUCCGUUGGAGUCCUUAGGGUCGAUGAAAAUGCAGAAUUCUUCUGUUGCUAAUAAUCCGGCCGUGACUACUCUCAGUCUGGAGGACGAAUAUUCGUUUAGGAGGAACUUCCCGAAGCCGAUAUUGUGGUCUGUGAUUCUGAUUUUUGUUAUGGGAUUCAUUGCCGGCGGUUUUAUUCUUGGAGCCGUCCGCAAUGCCAUACUCCUUAUUGUUGUAGUGAUUCUUUUCGGCGCAGUUGCGGCAUUGUUCACUUGGAAUAGUUGUCGUGGAAGGAAAGCCAUUGUCGGUUUCAUUUCUCAAUAUCCAGAUGCUGAACUUAGAACUGCUAAAAAUGGACAAUUUGUGAAGGUUUCUGGGGUGGUUACAUGCGGUAAUGUUCCUCUAGAGUCGUCGUUUCAAAAAGUUCCAAGAUGUGUAUAUACUUCCACCAGCUUGUAUGAAUAUAGAGGAUGGGAUUCAAAAGCAGCUAACCCAAAACAUCGCCGUUUUACUUGGGGACUUCGCUCGACCGAGAGGCAUGUGGUGGACUUUUACAUCUCUGAUUUCCAAUCUGGAUUGAGAGCAUUGGUUAAAACAGGCUUUGGUGCAAGGGUGACUCCUUAUGUCGAUGAUUCCGUUGUAAUUGAUGUUAAUCCGGAGAAUAAAGACAUGUCCCCUGAUUUCCUUCGAUGGUUGGGAAAGAGAAACCUUUCAAGCGAUGACCGUAUCAUGCAAUUAAAAGAAGGGUACAUAAAAGAAGGUAGCACGGUUAGCGUAAUGGGAGUUGUUCAUAGAAACGACAACGUGCUUAUGAUUGUGCCGCCACCCGAACCAUUAACCACCGGAUGCCAAUGGGCAAAAUGUAUUUUUCCAGCUAGCCUUGAAGGUAUUGUUUUGAGAUGUGAAGACACAUCAAAGAUUGAUGUGAUUCCAGUGUAGUUAUGUUCUUAAUCCCAUGAUAUGAGUCUCUUAGGUAUUCUUCUUUGAGAAAAAAAACAUGUCUUGUCUUGAUGGGGGUGGUUGUUGUUUGUGUUUUGUAAGCAUAUAUGUGUUGUUGGUAAGUGUGAUCUUGCUACCAUUUUCUUUUGUUUCAUACUCAACUACUUAGUUUGUUGUAUAGCUAAUGAAAAUUCUUAUUCGUUUAUUUUUCUCAAGAAUUUCGAACUUUUUUGAAUAGAUAUAUGGUUUCUUGUUGUUUUGACAUGUCAAUGGAAUAUUAUAAUGCACUUUACAUA